AUGUAUUACAGAAGAUCAACUGGCCAACAACAUCUUUUUACAGAAGAACAACUGGCUAAUGACAUAUUCAUACGAAAACAGUUUACCAAGUUGAGAAUAGCUUUGAUCAGAAACAAUGCAGGUCUGCUGCAAUACCAGACUCUCUAUGUUGAAGGCCAGCAGCUUGCGCCCCUUGCCUUCUCCUCUCAGGGUCAGAAUGUCCUUGCCCUUCCAGGGCGGGAUGUACUGAUCCAUCCUCAUCCAAUCUCGCGAAAUGGUGGUGAGGCCUCAGGUCUGAUGGUCCCCGCCCCUUUCCUGAAUGCAUUCGGCUACCCGGGCACUUCCGGGGAACAUGUGAGAAUUGCAAGUGGCGCGAUCACAGAGCUAGAUGCUCCGUACAAGAUGACCCACGUCGUGGCCCCCAUCUUCCUCCCCUCCUCCCUCCCGCAAGCGCCCCCGGCCACCACUCAGCCCGGUGCUGGCCCUUCCCCCGGUCAUCCGACGCCGAGGAGGCUCAUGGUCACUCGUACGGGGACUGGGGACAAUCCUAUUGCCCUUGUUUAG